AUGUACUUUUCUCCAGCACUCAUCGCCGCCACGGCUUCUCUUCUGACUCUGGGUCUCGCCGCCGACCCUCUGUCCUUCAACUCUUGGCCCAAGGAGCCUCUCCAGCCCGGCAAGCCUAUUACUCUCACAUGGUCUGGUGGCGACCCUAGCCAGCCGGUGACUAUCCUCCUUCGUAAGGGAAGCUCCACCCAGCUCAAGGAUGUCAAGGCCAUUACCGAUCAGGGCAAGGACGGCACCUUCACCUGGACCCCCGAUCAGGAUGUGAAGCCUGGAGACACCUACGCUUUCCAGGUCAAGCAGGGAGAAGAGAUGAACUACACUGCCCUGUUGAAGUCCUCGGACAAGCCCCUUCCCGAGGAAGAGAAGGACACCACCACUGGUGCCACAACUGGUAGCACCACUGCCACCCAGACAACCGAUACCACCAUGGCUACCAGCAGCAAGCCUCUCAUCAGCUCAUCUGCCAGCGGCUCUGCCACUCCCUCCAGCUCCGCAGCUGCCACUGCCACUACCACAACUGAAAGCGCGCCCACCGGAACUGAGGUUGUCAAUGGAAAGGAGCCUGACUCGACUGGGGCUGUGCAGACUGGUGCUGCAUCUGUUUCUCGGUCAUCUGUUCAAUGGGUUAUGGGUGUUGCUGGCUUGUUGGCCUACAUUGUUUAA